AUGGAGGAGGAAGCAUCAGCUGGAUAUUCGUGGGAGGGCGCACUUGAGCGCAGUUGGGAUGUCAUCGAGGAGGAUGAUUUGGGGAAUCUUAAAAUUGAUCAAGCCAUUAAGAAGCAAUAUCGUCAGCGACGUUUGGAAAUUGCGCGAAAUGUGCGUAAAGGGUUGAUACGCUACACUUACGUAGUGAUGGAUCUAUCCCGUGGUAUGGCUAUCAAAGACUGGAAGCCACAUCGUCUGGCGUGCACCAGCGACGUGCUGCAGCAAUUUGUGAGGGGCUAUUUUGACCAGAACCCCAUCUCGCAGCUGGGUGUGAUUGGCAUUAAAGGGAUGACGGCUGAGAAACUAAGCGACUUGUCUGGAAAUCCCAAAACGCACAUUGAGCGAAUUGCUGCAGCGUUGGCUGUGGACAAGGAACCGUCGCUUCAAAAUGCACUAGAAGUUGCUCGAAGCUCUUUAAAGACAGUCCCUGCUUAUGGUAGUAGAGAGAUCAUUGUAGUUUACGGCAACUUGGUCACUGCCGAUCCGGGUGACAUUUUUCAGACAUUGACGUCACUCAAGCGCGAAAAUGUUCGCGUGUCCUUUAUUGGCAUUGGAGCAGAAAUGCACUUAUUGCGUCGCAUUGCCGACGGUACUGACGGUACAUAUCACGUUGCAAUGGAUGCCGACCAUAUGAAACGACUCAUGACAACCUUUACGUUUCCAUCACCAACGGUGGCAACAGCGGCAUCGCGUUUUGCCACACUAGUGGAAAUGGGCUUUCCACAACGAAGGAGUGGAGCGCUGUCUCUCUGUACGUGCCAUCAAGCGUUCACAACCGUUGGAUAUUUGUGUCCACGUUGCAAAUCCAAGAGCUGUGACUUGCCAACCACAUGCCAAGUGUGUAGUUUGCCGCUAGUUUCGUCACCACAUCUUGCGCGUUCGUACCACCAUUUGUUCCCAGUAGCUAAAUUUACACAACACUUGCUGCAACCUGGUGUGAUCGGCGAAAAAGGUGCGAAGGUCUCUUUCGAUAUGAAGCAGAAAAAGUGUUUUGGUUGUCUCUUGCCACUUGGAUUAGAUGGAGAUGGAGCAGCAUAUGAAUGCACGACUUGCCAAAACUUUUUUUGCAGUGAAUGUGACAUUGUACUUUUUCUCGAUGAGGCUGCAAGUCCUCUAAGCGCUUGCUGUCUGACAGGUUAG